UUAGACGAAAGAUUGAAGUAGAUGUAAGGGUGAGAGAGAAGAUCAGGCAGAGAACAAUGGUGAAAGUGCACAAGAAACUUUGUUGGCUUAAUCAGAAAAUAUCUGCCUGCACUUUCACACAUUAAAGGAUUGCGGCGUCCAUGGCAUAUUUUAAAAGCCAUUAGAUUAAGCAAGAGCUUGAAAGAACAUCAGGUCAUCGAUAUUCUUUAAGCUGAGAUUAAUGUACAUGACCAUUUUGCUUUAAACACUGCAAAGGUAGGAAAGUUAAGCUGCUCUAUGUGAAGGUAAUCUCAUUUUGUAGCUUGUGUUAUUAUAAUGAUUUCUACAUAAUGAACUUGUGUUUAAAAUAUAAAACUUUUUUCAGAAUAAUUUCUAAUACAAAUGUUGAGGACAGCUGUGUUUUAUAUGAUUCAUUAGCCAUUGAACACACUAUCCCACUUAUAUUAGUAUAAUAAUUUAACAAUUAAUACUUAAAAAUUGUAUUAGAGAUUAGGAGUAUUUCAGAGAUGUUCAAGAAAUUUCAAGCAUAAUGCAUGAGAGCAGUAUGGUAAUUGUUGUCAGUAGGAUAUUAAGUGCAUUACUAGAAACUGUUAGAAAAUUAUAGAGAUCUAUCUGUAACUAUUACUCUAGGGUUAGAGUUCUCUAUAUGUAGAGGUAGAUAAAUUGUUUCAAAUGAAUCAACUGGAUAAAAACUCUUUCAUAUUAAUCCUUUCAAGUUGGUAUCGGAGCUCUCAUCUUGGGAUUGGGAGCCCUGCAUUUGCAUUUGUUCUAUUUCAUUUUAGUUACAGUUCUUUUUGGGGUUGCCUGAUUCUUCAUUCUCCAUUUUACUUGAGAUUUUUGAUUUUAAAACGAGACACUACUCAUUCUUCCUUUCCAUGUUUUCAAAUUAAUUGAUACAUGCUAUAGAUUUAAAACCAUUUGGUGACCUGCAUAUCAUAUUUAAAGGCAGGUUUGCUAAACUCAUUCUUUAUAUCAGGGUUUCAUUAAUGUGCUUGCUACCUUUGUUACGUUGUUAUGUAUUUUGACAUUUGACAUUCAGGUCAUUUGUAAGGCUGGAAUUGGGCAACUACUCUGGUGCCCUCCAAGAUGCUGAAGAGGCUUUGACAUUAGCUCCCCGUGACUCGGAUUCUUCCAUUAUAAAAAGAAACAAAAAACUUGCUGUUUGUGGUUUGAUUUACGUUUUCUAGUUGUGUUUAAAAGUUUGUUUUUCUUCAUUCCAGCUCUGCAUGUCAAUUCCGGUUCAACUAGUUCAAUUUACUGUUCACCGCGUUUUCUGGUUCAUUUCUGCAACGUUUUGUGCUUCUCCAUUUAGACAGUCCGGUUUUUCACUUUGUACCGUUCGGUCUCUAACAUGUUAAGAGACCGUUCGGCCUAGGUGCACAACCGUUCGGUCUCUAACGUCACUGUUAGAGAUCGUUCGUCCAUAUCUUUGUUCUGCUUUUUAUUAUCGUUGCUCUGUGACGUUCGCCUUGUCUUGUUCCUUGUUAGGACGCUCGGUAUUUAGCGACCGUUCGCUCAUUUCCUUUUUCGGAGACCGUUCAGUCUCAAUGUUGUUACCGCUCGAUUUUUACUUCUGUGCAAUUUAUAGUGCACCGUUCGGUCAGUGCUUUAGACCGUUUGGUCUUUUAUAUCACCGUUCGGUUUUAACACUUACGGUUAGAACCGUUCGGUUUUCUGCUUUCAGCUUUUAAUUUUGUUAGUUGUCUUUAACUCCCAAUUUUAAUUGAAUUCAAUUUUCUGCACAAAACCUUACAAAACACCCCCCACUUCGUGUUAAAUCUGAGACUGAACCCACAAUAUUGGUCCUUGAGAGACGACCUAGGAGUCACUUCCUAGUAACUAUAGUGCAUUAAUUUUGCAAUCAGCUUUUGUGUGAGGUGCGACCCUCUCAACAAAAUGGCGCCGUUGCCGGGGAUCAAAUGGUUGGUUCAGUUUUAGAUUUUUUGUUCUAUUAAUAUUUGUAUUGUUAGUUGUGUUUUGUCUUGUGUUGUGAUGUUCUGUUCUGUUUUUGUAUGUGUAUCGUAUGUGUUUUGUCUGUUAAUUUAAAAAAAAAAUGUGUUGUGUUUUUUUUAUUUCGUAAUUUUAGUAUUUUUAUUUUUCCAUGUCUACUUAUUCUGGUUUUGUGAAUAGUGCUUAUUCUGCCGAUACUUAUGAUUCUCCUUUCUAACUAUUUUGCUGAUUUCUAUAAAGUGAACAAUAUUGCACAUCCUCUGGUGAGGAGCGUACAUGAUGAUGUUGCCCAGUCUUUAUCAGAUUUUGAAAGCAACUUGGAAGGCAAGAUUGACUCUUGCGAAGUUGGUGACACAGUUCACUACCAACCAGAGAUCUGCAUCUCCAUCUGCAUCUGUUGCACGACUAUGUGAUAUUUGUCCUUCCAAUGACCACUAUACAGAUGCAUGUCCUUCUUUGCAGCACCCUGCUGCCUUUGAUGCACCUCAGGCUUAUGCUACGAACAUUUACAACAACAGGCAACAAAAACAACAACAACAACAGCAGAUGCAAUUUUAUGAUGCUCCUGCUCAAAUAACUCCUCAGCCUUCUACUUCUAAACCUACAUUAAAGGAGUUAUUGGAGCAGAUGACCAUGCAAAAUCUUUAGUUCAAGCAAGAAAUCAUGGAGUUUCAGCAGGAAACACAAGUUGUCAUUCAGAGUUUGAAUGAUCAGAUAGGGCAGAUGGCUACUCAGCUCAAUCAGGAACAACCUCAUGAUUUAGAGGAAUCACCAUUUCAGACUGUUCAGAUUCCUGAUGAUGAUAGUGUCGUCCACAUAGGAGAUGGGGAGCAGAGUUAUGAGCUUACCACUGAGCAACCUACUUUCCCACCUUCAGAUGUUCCUACUCUGGCGAUUGACGAGAUAGAUCCUGAUAAAGAUUUUGAGGACCAGGCAGGAAUAAGCAGUAAUGAUGAGCCAAGUAGACCAUUUUCAUCUACCAUCACUCUACCAAUCUUCAAGGAAGUGGAGGUAAACAUACCAUAAUUUAAUUAUGCUUUUAAUGAUUAUGUUGUUGAUAGGUAUGUUACUGAUAAUCAUAUUGUUGCUGAGCAUGUUUUUAAUUCUCCCUCUGUGCAUGAUGAGAAUCACUUUUUGAUAUCACAUCCCAAUGUUUAUUCUCCAUGCACUGAACAUGAAUCUGAGUUUGUUAUCGAUAUUGCUUGUAAUUUUGAAAUUGAUUCAUGUUUUGAGAUGUAUCUGAGGUUCAGCCUGUUACACUAGGAUUGUGUGUCAUACCCCUGCAUGUAAUUUCUGUAGAGCCAUAUUGCACUAACCAUGUUGCAGGAGGUACACAUAAAUUUGAUCAAUAAACACCCAUAUUUGAAGACAAAGGUGCGAGCCUGAAGAACAGUUCGAAGAUCAAUUGGCACCUGCUGAACCCACUCAUCAACAAUCACUUCUUCUUAGAUCCAGCUAUGGAAGACAUUUCCGUGCUUGAUCAAAUAUGGAGGAUGAAGCAAUUCUUCCUAAAAACUUCCUUGCUGAAUCCAAUGGUGGAAGAUAUUUCCCUGCAAGUCCAAAAUUGGCAACUGCCACCAUGACCAGGGGAGGUUUCUUUUUCCCUUCUCCCCCUUUCCUUACUUUUAUUGCACUUGUCCAUGAUCUGUUCACUGUUUUGAUUUCUGAUCUUAUACUUAUGACACAUUGAGGACACUGUGUAGUUUUAAUAUCAUUGUAUUACUUGAAAAUUGUAUUUACAAGUUGGAUUACUUUUAUUUUGUGCACUAUUUAUUUUAAUAUGAUGCUUUCCUCACUCCUCCCUCCCCUGUGUAUUUUGUUGAUUUUCAUUUACUUGCCUAUUUUUCUAUUUUUCUAACUUGAUUUUAUGUAUUUAAAUUAUCUGCAUAUGAUCUGAUCUAAUAAAGUAUUAGUAGAAAGCAUAGAAAAAAGUGUUGGAGUGAAAAGGUGGAUUUUGGUGGAGACCAGUGCAGUUGAUCGAUCCAUAUAUCCAAAUUAUCCGUGAAUUUUGUUCAUCAAUAAUUUAAUGCUCUGACCACACUAAAAAAAUGUUUGGAAGGUAAAAUUUUAUUCUUUUUAGUUCUUGAUGAUCUAGGAAAAACAAGGGGGACAAGUGGGCAUCGUGGUAGAUUGUGAAUGGGCAGAAGCUAAUUCUGAUAAGAUUGAAGAUAAAUCUGCUGCAGCAAGGCGCCUGGAUUUUCAGAUUGGCUGGUACUUGCAUCCACUGUAUUUCGGAGACUAUCCUGAGUCUAUGCGUGAACGACUUGGAGACCAACUUCCCAAGUUCUCUGAGGAGGACAAGAAACUUCUCUUGAAUAAAUUGGACUUUAUUGGUCUAAAUCACUAUACGUCAAGGUUUAUUUCUCACGUGACAGAAAGCGCUGGAGGAAACUACUACUACAAGGUGCAGGAGACAAAAAGGACUGUGGAAUGGGAAGGUGGCGAGACCAUAGGUGAGAAGGCAGCAUCAGAGUGGCUUUAUGUUGUUCCCUGGGGUCUUCGGAAGGUUCUCAAUUACGUAUCACAAAAAUAUGCUACUCCCAUAUUUGUGACAGAGAACGGUAUGGAUGACGAAGAUAGUGAUGACUCGCCGCUACAUGCGAUGCUAGAUGACAAACUUAGAGUUCGCUAUUUCAAGGGAUAUCUUGCAUCAGUUGCUCAGGCUAUAAAGGAUGGAGUAGAUGUGAGGGGCUACUUUGCAUGGUCUUUACUGGACAACUUUGAAUGGGCUCAAGGUUAUACCAAACGCUUUGGAUUGGUAUAUGUAGACUAUAAAAAUGGACUCAGCAGACACCCUAAAUCAUCUGCGUAUUGGUUUUCACGGUUUCUGAAAGCUGGGGAAAACAAGAAUGGUAAAGAAGAGUAAUUGACUUUCUUCACUUGGUCUUGCUAGCUACAAGGAAUUGAAUAAAAUAAGAACAAAUUCCACCCAUAUCGGUAGUUGGAAGCUUUGUGUGGUAUGCAAUGUCAUUUCUCUACAUUUUCAUUUUUUCUCACUAUCCAACUUAAUUACCAAGUCUGUCAAACCCCUCUUAUUUUCAUAUUUAUUUCUCUUGUGACUGUCGCAAGUUGAGAUGUUAUCAUAAAACUAAAUUAAACCACAAUCUCAGUUAUAAUUCA